AUGUACGUGGUGCGAAAGCGUAUGAGUCUGGGCACGUAUUCUGCGUACGGCUCAGAACCAGGACGAGGACAAGGAGGUGGAGAUAUCGAGGAAGGGAAAGAAGAAAUGCUGAGCAGUGGGGGUUAUCCCGGGAUGGAGGCACCGAGAGUCCCUCCACCUCAUCCUGGUUCUUACGACGGGUCCCAGAACAUUCACAACGGGCUCAUCCAUAGUCAGUCCAUGAGUGGGAAUGGCCAUAGCCAUGGCCACGGAUCCCCGUCCAUGGGGAUGUGUGGCGGCGCCGGACCUCUGCUUCACAACGGAAGUCCCAUCGGAGUCCCAUCGAACAUGACUUCAUUCUGUCCCGGAGUCAUCAACGGAAUCAAAGUGUGCGCUGGCUGUGGAUGCAAGAUCUCAGAUCGGUUUCUCUUGCACGCUCUAGACCGAUUUUGGCAUCAAGCCUGCCUGAAAUGUAGCUGUUGUGCAGCUACCCUCGCCGACAUCGGCUCUUCGUGCUACACCAGGGGAGGAAUGAUCCUUUGCAAGCACGACUACGCUCGGUGA